GUGCAUUUGAAGCAAUUACGAUGCAUGCAUCUGUAACAAGUUGAUGACGUGGUCUACCGACGAUCUUCCGGAAGCGUGUACGUUGGCACGUAGACAGCUUCAACGUGCAAAGGGUGCGACCAAAGGGCGGAAGGAGCCCAACGGAUUCAACGGACACACGGUUAGGACGGAGAUCGCAGACGGCGAGCCGUCGCGACCGGUGGCGUUAGACGGCAAGAAGAGCAAGGAGGUGGGUACUUCCGAAUUUGCAAAGGACGAGACAAGUAGAUUGGGGAGUGUGACGAGAGACGAAAGACGGUCGAGGGCUGGAAGUUCAGUCAGCGACAAGACAAAGACGAACGAAAGGGCUGUUGAGGCACAGAGUGUGGCUGACAGAACGUGCGGGGUUGUGGUGGACGCACUGCAGUACCGUGAAACGGAGGACAAGUAAUAAUAAGUGAGGUGUAUUGUGUUACUGGCGGACCUUGAUUCACCUGAACUCUAAUACCCAUUCUCGCC